AUGAGUAUGCAGCCCUCUGCAGUCCUCUGCAUCGUGGCAGGGGUACUGUCGCAUAUCGCCUUUUUCAACAAAGGUGAGCACCAUCUCUAUGGAAUGAGCUACGUGCAAACGUUCUUUGCCGCCGUCGCAUCCGGAUUUAUCUUUCUUCAGUACCAACAGGGCCUGGCAUGGAAUACAGCCCUGGCCACAACAUUACAACACGCCGUCUUCUAUUUAGUCGGUGUAUACUCCAGUCUCAUCACUUACCGGCUCUUCUUCCACCCCCUCCGGCAUUUUCCUGGUCCGAUCGGCGCGCGCAUCUCUAACUUAUGGCUCCCUACGCAGCUCCCCAAACACGAUGCCCACCGCAAACUUGUCGCUCUGCACAAAAAGUACGGGCCGAUUGUUCGCGUCGGCUCCUCAGAUCUCUCCAUCAUCCACCCCAGCGCCGUCCCCAUUAUCUACGGCCCCAACACCCGUUGCACAAAAGGCUCCUGGUACGACAUGACUUACCCCACAACCUCCCUCGAGUCGAUGCGUGAUCCAACGGAGCAUCGUAUCCGGCGGCGUGCCUGGAGCCCUGCGUUCGGUGACAGCCAGCUGCGCGGAUACGAGGUGCGCAUGCGCCCCUAUCGCCAGAGAUUCCUCGAUCGCUUAGUCGGGAUGGCUGGCGAGCCGAUCGAUAUGGCCAAAUGGUUCAGUCUGUAUACCUUCGACGUGAUGGGUGAUAUGGCAUUUGGAGAGGGGUUCGGAGGCAUUGAGCGCGGGGAACACGUUCCUCAGAUCGAGUUGAUGACCUCGGCGUUGUACUUUGUGGGCUUGUGUUUGCCGGUGUGGGCUCUUUGUCUUAUUACUCGUAUACCGGGUGCUAUGGGCCCUUGGUUUGAUAUUUUGGAUUGGUCCACCGCGAGGUUGAAUCGUCGCAUCGAGAAUCCCCCUUCGAUUCCCGACAUAAGUGCCGCACUCAUCUCCUAUCUCGACGGUCGCGAACCCACCGAGGAGGACCUGCUACUGCUCGGAGGCGACUCCCGCCUGAUCAUAGGGGCGGGAAGCGAAACCAGCUCUACUGCGCUUACGGGGACUUUCUAUGAGCUGCUGCACAACCCUGCCGAGAUCACCAAGUUGCGCACCGAACUGGCACCGCACGUUGAAAAAGAUGGGGACUUCCAGACCAUCAAAAUCCAGCAUCUUCCACAUCUGAAUGGAGUGAUUAAUGAAGCUUUGCGCCUGCAUCCCGUCGUACCGAGCCACAUGCAUCGGAAGACGCCGCCAGAGGGGAUCCGUGUCGAGGGAGUGUGGAUUCCCGGGGACAUGACGGUCAUGUGUCCGCAGUAUGUGCUCGGGAGAUCGGAGCGAUGUUUCGUUAACCCGAACUCCUUUAUCCCCGAGCGAUGGUAUCGCUCGCCGGAGCUGGUCCGCGAUAAAACGGGCUAUGCGCCGUUCUCGAUUGGGCCAGCUGGUUGCAUCGGCAAACCGCUCGCGCUGAUGAAUCUUCGAACGACCAUUGCGCGACUCGUCACGCAAUUCGAUUUCGAGUUUGCUCCUGGCGAAAAUCCACGACAGUUUGAAGAAGACGCGAUGGAUAACUUCAUCCUCAGUAUUGGGAAACUGAUGGUUGUUCUGAGGAAGAGAGAGACGAAAGCUCAAAAUGUGGUUGCCUGA